AUGCGAAAGUCACUAAUUGCUGCGGUUAUCUGGCUUGGUGUAGUCUCUGCGAGACUGUGCUCAGAGAGUGGUAGAUACCCUAUUGAGUACCCAGCCAAGACCAAUACGAUUCCCCAUUCAAGCACUGAAAGCACUAAUGUGUCAUCCACAAGCUUCCAAUUGUCCACCCAGACAACCGCAACAUUAACCUCGAGUACAACAUCAACAAGCUCAAGCACAACCACAAUUACCAGCCCCAUUCUCGCAAACAUUGUACAAAACUCCGGCUUCGAAGAAGUUGAUGGCUCCCUCCCGCCGUGGUUCACCAUCACUACAGGCAACCAAACCAUGGGCGAUACCACGGUUGCCGGCCUCAUACAUCCUGGCAGCGAAUCAUCCAGCGCUGCGCGCUUGUAUGUUAGCGUUGGCGAACGAAAUGGUUCCAGCGCCAGCAUUUUACAGACUCUCCCAAUUGUCACAGGCACGACAUACAGCAUUUCGUACGACAUUGCCGUCUCCAUCGCCGAGCCAGGCGAAGACGGAGCUUACCGUUGCCUCUUUCUCAGCAAUUUCGAACUGAUAACUAUCCAAUUCUUCUACUUAUCUGCAGUAGAGCGUUACACGAGGUAUACGACUACUUUCGUGGGAGACUCGUCGGCUUCUACCUUGGCACUAUCAGUAGUGUGCGCUGGUCACGGAACAAGCGAGGUUGAAUUAGUUGUCUUUGGAUGCCAGAACCCUCUGGACCUACGCUCCCUUAUUACCUUGUAUAGGCUUUGUUUACUUAUAGGAUUGUAA